GAUAUUGAAAAUUAAAAAUUUCACCCAAAUGGAAAGGUUUAAAGAGAGAAUUGUCAGUGAAGAACUACUAGUCCCUCAUACAUCCUUAGAAGCAUGAUGCUGAAAUAUAUACGCUGAACUAGUCGUGAAAGACAAUGGCACUAGCCAUGCUAAACCAGCUUCAGGUAUGAGUGCGGCACAACCAAUUCGAAGAGAUGACACCAAAGAGCCUCAGAUGCAGCUUAACUUUGACAAGAAAGAUAUAAUUCUUGGGGCAAAGAGACAACUGGAUAAGAAUCCUUGGUCAAUUCAAAAACUCAAAGAAUUUCAAACAGAACUAGAAAAGCGAGCCGCCAACCCAAUCCGACCCAAAACAGUCUAUUUCUCCAAAUACGAUCUAAGCCUUAUUGAAGAUGUCCCCAAUCCCAGCUUGGAUAAUACAGAACAUGUUUUGGAAAGGAAUACAGAGGGAAUGUGAGUAAGGGGUGGCACAGAGGAGACUAAAGAGGAGAGCAUGAGUGGUAAAAGAGAGAGACAAGGCAAGUAUAUGCCCUUAGCAGCUAUCAAUCUCUCAUCAGCCAAAGAAGAGAAGUUGCCAGAUAUCCACUCAAAGGAAAAUGCAAAUGCAAGUAUUCAGCCAAGUAGACCGAACCUGAUUGAUUGGACUGGAGAUGGCAUAUUACCAAACGGAAAAGGUUUUCCUACAAGCUUCUUCGAAGCUGAGCCUAUAUUUAAUGUUAGAAUCUGUGACCCUUUUAAGUUAGGAGAUGCCUUAGAAGAAAGUUUUCGUCUCUGUGUUGAGAAGGAUACACAAGGGAGAGUAUUCUUCUCUGAUCCUGAUACUAUGACAUGCAACUCAACAGCAACAAAAUUUUUACAAAGAGAUCAUGAGACACUUGAUACUGCUUGCUUGAAACAUAUUUAUGAGGAUGCAAGCAGAAUUAUCUCCUAUAAUAAAGAUCCAAACAUCAACACUCAAGCAAUCCCUAAAGGGUUUACCCCAGAUUUGAUAAAUAAAAAUCUCAUUUUAACUGUAAUCAUUCAACCCAAACCAGUUCUUGAAGAGCAUUUUCAACAAGAGCUUAAACUGAAAGUAUUAGCAGAUCACAAGGGAAAUCCUGUUUUUGUAGAUUGUGAAACUAAUGCUUUGCAUGAAACAGCGACUAAAUUCUUACAAAAAGAUCAUGAGGAAUUAUACCUGGACUCCAUCCUAAAGAUUUACGGAGAUUGCAACAAACCUGUAGUAUACAUAGAUUGAAGUGAGAUUAGCAAUAAAAUUGCUCUAGAACCUCAUGCUGAUUCAAAUGAAAUAAACAAACAUGAAGGAAUUCAGCAAAUUGACCUUAACAAUCAAGCUGAAAACCAAUUAGAGAAGGAUAAUCGGAGCGCUCUUAUCCUGCCUCAAAAUCUUCAAAGCAAUAUUUCUUUUAAUGCCAGGAACCGUCUUGAGAAAUCAUAUUGAGCCUCCAAAGCAAUAGGUCAAUCCCCUUCAAUAGCUACUAGCGCUAGACCUCGAAAGAAACAAGAUUUCCAGAAUGCUGAAAUAGAAUCUGAGAUAGAUGAGGCUGAUUUUUACAACCAGAAGUCAUGGAUAGAGUACCGACAAUUACAAGUUUCUGGUGGGGACACAACAAUUGGGUUAGAAAGCGAUAGAAUUUGUGGCAAAUCACAGAUUGGGGAAAUUGAUGUUUUGGAAACAUUUAUAAGAGAUCUUAUCGAAGUGUAUCAUGUUCAAGAAGAUAUCUCUACUCUAGAUUUAUACGUUUAUGAUGAUAACCAAGACAAAAUAACUCAUUUGUUCGAGCUUCUUUGACAAGCAGAUUCCUCACCUGCUUUCUUAAAAUUAUUGACAAUUAAGAGAAUAAAGAACUGAAAAAGAGCUUCCACCUUAAGCACUACAGAAGAAAAUGAUGAUAGAAAAGAAUAUAAACUAGUACUGUCAAUUCUCUCCCUAAUAAUGGGAGAUUAUAGCAAUUUCCAUGCUCACUGAGAUGCAUUGGUAAAAUCCAUUUCCCAGAAGGAUUACCAAACCUUUAACGAGACAAAAGAGCUGACAAUCUUGGUGAUGUCCUUGGUUCAUGGGGUCUCAUCUGACCCAGAUCUUCACAUUGAAAUUGAUGUUGAAAAGAAACUCCAAUCUUUCUUUAAGUUAUUAUUCAAAACAACAUCUGAAACAGCUUUAGAUUUCCAUACACUUCUAUCAAGAAGCCAAUAUGAACUUGGCGAGUUAUUUAAAGAAGAUCUGAGUUUAGACCCAACUUCAGAAUACAACCAAACAAUUAUUUUACUUCGCAAGAGAAUGGACAGAAUAAUCUAUUCCAAAUUCAAUUUCGACCAGGAGUCUUUCGAAUAUUUCACUUCUCUCCUCUGAUUAACUCUAGGCCAACCAGAAAGAGUUGAAUUUAUUGCUAACGAAUUUGACUUAUCCCCAGCUACAACAGAUAUUUUAAAAGCAAUCAUAACGCAAAAGAUUGAAGAAAUGGAGCCACUAUUCAAUCUAAUCCAGAAAAGAACCAAGAAUAAGAUUAGUACUAAUCUCCAGAAGUUGUAUACGAAUAUCCUUCGCUCUGACAUCGGAGGAGCAUUCAUGUUAAUGUUUGGUUACACUCCUGUCUCAAACAUGGUCAAGAGGUUGUCUUACUACAUAAGAAUAUUCAAUAUGAUAAUCAGUCCAACUCAUUGCUCAGCCCAAGAGAUUUCUGAAGUACUGAAAAUAGAGGAGAUUAUAAAUGAGAUUGAUGAAGUUGAACUAGACAGAGAUCACAUUCUCAACUCCAUUCAACUUUGUCAAGGCAAGCUACCUAUAGAGAGAGUUAAGGAUGUUGCUAUUAAGAUUCUUGAGGGCUGUGGUAGAUGGGACCUCAAGGAAUUUUUAGAAACUUCUGAUCAUACUAAGCUGAUUGAUGCUCUCGUUGGUGCUCUUAAUGGAAAUAUUUAUGAUUUUGGGAGAAUCUGUGAUUUCUUAUUUUAUGGUGGAAAGACAUGGAUAUGCUCAUUCCUGACCUCCAUGGUUGGUGGUUCUUCUGUGUUCUGCUUAAAAGAAAAAGGUCUUACUCCUAGUCAAAUAAAGGAGCUAAUCUGGGCACAUUCAAAUGCUCUCAUGAGAUCAAUAAUAACCAAAGAUCCUGAAUCCUCAAAUGAAGAUAAUCUUAUUACUGCUUUUACGGAGAUUUUCACCUAUACUCUAUGAAAGAAGAACAAAGACAUCACAGAUCAUAUUGAAGUGCAUCCCAAUCUCAACUUAAAUCUUCCAAUUCCAAACAUUUGCACUGAUCACCUUGGAGAAGACUGACUUGAUACUAGGCUUGUGAAACUCACCAAGGCAAUUGCUAAAGGAAAAUUUGAGUCUGAAAUUAAUGAAUUGCUCCAAAUUGCCUUUCCUUACAUAAAGGAAGAAAUUACAGAUAACGAAGAUAUAUUCGAGGACCUUAAAGAGCAAGAUGAAGGCAAUUUAUUUAUCUUUAUGGAGAAAAAUAAGCUGCAGGGUGAGCUAAUUAUCUCCAACCAGUACAAUCCAAGAUCAUGUCCAUACGAGAUAUACCAUAGAGGAAGGACUGGGACCAUCUGGGAUCUGGCAACUUUGCUAAAAAAUUUCCUUGAAAUUUCUGUUGGAAAGUCAUCAGCAGUGCAUUCACUUAUUGACGCCACCUUCAUUUCUAUAUUCCAAAACUCAAAUAGAAAUAUCAGCAUUAUCCCUCUAAAAUCCUGCACUCACCUCCUGCUCAACUCUCCUGACUCAGUCCCCUUCGAAUCCCUCUUAGAAAUAGCCACUCUUGCCCUCCCCUUCCUCCCGACCCCCGCUCACUCAUGACUGAGCCUAAUCUGCCUCCUUCUGAGCCUGCACGAAUCAAUAGAUGAUGCAGACAAAACUAGCCAAAUCCUUAUAGAAAUCUCCGAACAGAUUGUGACCUUGACCAGAUAUGGAAGUGAGCAGGAAAGUGAGGAGAAUAGGGAAGAACAGAUGCUGAUGAGUGAGGUUUUGGGGAUGGCGUUUGGGCUCAGUGCGAAGAGGUUUGAAUUUGUUCCUGGUAUCACCCCCUUCCACAUCAACCCCAUACCCACAAAAUCUCUUCUGCUCACCCUCUUCAAAAUACUCGAAAAGUACCACAGCAAAUUAUUCACCCAAAAAUCUUCCAAUCAUCCUGCACUCACCAAGCUAGCCCAGAAUUCGUUCUACUUCAUCAAGCGCCAACUAGAAAAUCCAAAUUUCGAAAUUCGAAACUCGGCUUCAUACCUGGUCGACCAAGCUGAAGACUUCGCUAAAAAUGCAGUUCAAGGCUUAAAACAAGAGGCGAAAGAGACAGCCAAUGAAUUGGUUCAGUACGUUAAGACUUCUUCAGAGAGUUAUAUCAGAGAAGUCAUGCUCAAAGAUUUGUUUCAGAUUUUUGAUAGGGAUCAUAGUGGAAGUCUCUGAUUUGCUGAAUUCCAAGAUUUAUGUAGAUAUAUUGGUGUUGAGUUGGGUAAUGAAAAGGCAUUGAGGAUGUUCUCUAUUACUGAUACUAAUAAGGAUAAUCUGAUUACUCUUGAUGAGUUUCCGGAAAUAAUGAAGCUUCUGACAAAACAGAUCGCUAGAGAUACGCUUCGUAGACUGAAUUUGACCACCCAAGACUUAAUAAUGUUGGCAGUGUUGACUCUUAGUUAUUUGAUACUAGCUUUGGUUUUUAUAUUCUUAGGAAUUUUUACCUUCAGCAGAGCAGAUGGAUUCAGUGCUGUUAUUAACUCAAUAAUGCCUCUUAUUGCUGGAACAUUAGCUGCAUUAAGAACUACCAGUAUUUACCAGAGAUUAGAUAAUGUGAAGGAAUAUAUUGAAGAAUUCAUCAGAAAAAUGAGAAAAACAUAAG